AGAACUAUUUAUUCCAGUGUUGCCAGAACGGGGAAGUUACAUGGACAGGGUCUUAAUGGAACCGUUACGUGUUGGAAGAGAAUGUUUUUACCUUUGGCUUUAGGCGACAGCGAAAAGGAUUAAAAACCCUGGUUUUGUGAAGAAAGUUAUUUAGCCGGUCUCACCAUGUCGGUGCAACAAAUUGAAAACGAGUUCAUUUAUAAUCUGCCUUCUAAGAUCUUUUGCGAAUUCUGUACUGUAAUGGAUGCCCUCUGUAUGUCGGACUGGCAAAAAUUUGCUGCAUCAAUUGUGCAGGACUACACCGAUCUGCGUCUUUUUGAGAAGAAAGAGCAUCGAACAUCUGAGGUGAUGACACACUGGCAAAUGAGAAAUGCCCGUGUGGGAGAUCUUCUGCAAGUCCUGAAUGAACUGAAGCUUCUUCGUGCCAGGGAUAUUAUUCUUAGUUGGCAGCCAACAGUACUUUCACCAACACCCCCAAGUCAACGUUCCAUGACACCCCCUCCUCCUUACCCAAGUAUUACGGAAGUUAAAGUAGAUGAUCAAAAGAAAUCCAGCAAAUCCCAAGAACCAGCAGUAUUACCCAAACCAGGUCCUCCACCAAAGAAUUUGCAUUCUGAGGAAGUGCAGCCAGAGUCACAGAUUUCAGACUCCUUCAAAAUUAUCCUUAAUCUUUCCCAGAAUGUUCUUUUCUGGCCACUUGGAGAAAUCAUGCGUUCAACAGAGAAUUUUUCAGGGAAGUAUAAAAUAGGGGAGGGAGGAUUUGGUGAUGUGUACAAAGCCAACAUGAGAGACACUGACUAUGCUGUCAAGAAGUUGAAAGAGGAGUCUGAUCUAGAUUGGAAUACAGUCAAAGAAAGCUUCAAAACUGAGAUGGAGAAGCUAAAUAAGUACCGUCAUCCCAAUGUUGUGGAAUUAGCUGGAUACUCAAUAGAAAACAACAUCUACUGUUUGAUAUACUUGUAUAUGCCUGGAGGUUCUUUGGAAAAGUGCUUGCAUGAAAAGGGAACUACUGUAACUUUCUUAUGGAGAGAACGCAUAAACAUUCUUCUUGGCACUGCUAAAGCAGUUCAGUUUUUGCAUUCUGAAGAACCUAAACUCAUCCAUGGAGACAUCAAGAGUGCCAACAUUCUACUUGAUGAGCAUUUGAAUCCAAAGUUAGCAGAUUUUGGACUGGCUCGGUUUAUCCAAAGCAAUAGAACACCUGGACGAACAUCUACUGUAGCUCGCACACAAUCAGUACGUGGAACAAUGGCUUACCUUCCUCCAGAAUAUAUCCGUAAUGGGGAGAUCAGCACAGGAACAGAUGUUUACAGUUUUGGCGUGGUUGUACUGGAGGUCCUGACAGGUCGGAAGGCAUUAGAAGCAAAUGGCAAGUCUAAUCACAAAUAUCUGAAAGACUUGGUUAAAGAGGAAGAGGAGUCAGCUGAAAUUCCUGAGAUGAGCUUGAAAUCGCGGCCUGCUUUUGAACGCUCAAGGAAGGUUGCAGAGAAUAUUUGUAAAAAAUAUUUAGACAAGAUGGCAGGGGCCUGUGAUUCUGUUAUUCCUUUGGAAUUGUGCAGUCUAGCAUGUCAGUGUUUAAAACUUCGCAAAAGCAGGCCUCCAAUAUCUGAGGUGUAUAAAACGUUAAAAACAAUAAGCUCACAAUUUGAGAGACCAUUGUCUGCAGUGAAUAGCUUGAUGCAAGCUCAAUCUUCUGAAUCUUCAAUUCCUCCUUCAUCGUUUUCCUUAAAAUCUAAUACAGAGCAGUUCUCCCGUCGUUCAGUGGAACCUCAGGAAAAUACCUUCUUUGCUCCCAGCAUGGCCUCUGAUGUAUUGACGCUAACAUCACGGAAUUCAGCAUUUUCUGAACAGCAACAUGAUCGUGGUAAUCGAUUACAGGAUGUAGGUUCAAGCCAAACCCCAUGUGAAUCUGAUGAAUCUCAGGGUUAUUCUCAAUACUGCAGUCCACAGAGUUUGCAACAAUCAUCCUGCUGGAGUUCUGUUCAUAAGACCAAUGGAUCUGUGAAAGCUAACCUUAGCUCGCUAGAGGAACGCCCUGUCUUGCAACUGCAACAAGUUUCAUCUUUGCAGACACUGAAUUGCCCUGCUGCUUCUGUCCAUCAAAUACCAAACCAUCAAGUUGUGGAAAAUCCCAUGCAAAAUUAUGCACUCCCUGGGUCAUCAGUUAACACAUGGCAAGGACGAGGUUCCACACAGGUUGAACCAGGCAGCAAGGAAGCUGGAUCAUUUUCACCUUAUGGAAUCAUUAUCAAUCCAGCCAAGGAGAAGAUAUGUGAACGGCUGGCACUGUAUAACCAAGGCAAGAUCGACAGCUAUGAGCUUCUUUCCUCUGGGCCUGAAAUAAUAAACCAAGAUCAUGCAAGUCGGACACCAGAGGAGAGCGAUGACUUCUGACUGAACUUGAAGUGGUGCAUUUCUUAAUGUACUUGACAACUAAUCUACAAAAUGGUACAGUUCUCAAAAUUGACAAAAUAUGCACUUUCCCCACAUGGACCUCAUGGGCUGAGCUGAAAAAACAUUUUACAGACAAGUAAGGAUGAGAAGACUGGAUACCGUCCUUUCAAGUAUGUUGGGACUGAAUUUGUCUGACAUGCAAAAUUGCCAAAUACCACACAUGAAAACGGAGAAAACAAACCGCGUACAACUGAUGCUGUCACUGGUGCCUUAGUUAUGUUAACUGCUAAACACUUGGGUCCAUAAUGCUUGAAUAAUGCAAAUCUCAUAUUGGGAUCUGAGCAUUUCAGAUGUUUCUGUGAUUAUUUUGUGGCUGUCUUGGGGAAGGGGGCCGUUCAGAUGGUCCACUCAUUAAACAGAUGCAAGUUAUUUCUCUUUUUCCAGUUUAAAAACAGAUUGGGUGCGCUGAGCUUAAAGAAGGAGUUUAUUUAUUUAACCGUCAUUUAAACUGUCCUCAGUGAGUCAAGAAACGGUGAUGUCAAGAAGAGUUCUGCAUGCAUCCCAGUGCCUGACGUUGGAUCUAUGGGAUGAAUGUUUGUAAAGCAACGCACUAAACUGAGUAGUAGACUCAUCAACUCUGUUGAGCACAUUUGUCUAAAUUAUUUUACCGUUUUUGGACUUUAUUUCAGUAAGACAUAGUUAUAGCAAAUGUAACUUUUGUCUGUCUUCAUCCAGAACUGGCAAAAGAGUCUGCAACAUCACAAGCACAGUAGUUAAUUCAAAAUGUCCUGGAAUGCAGUUCAUGACCAGACUUGGCCUUGCGUUGUAUGAGCCAAGGUGUCUUUUCUCCAGCGUUUGUCAAGAUCUGCAGACCGAGGUAGACUCCAUACCGAUACCUCUCUGAUGUACUGUAGCGGUGCUUACUUAUGGCUGCCUUCUCCUUAUCAUUGCACAUAUAAGGUAUGUAACAAGCGCAUCAUUUACAGUAAAACAUAUUGCAAUAAAGGUGGAAUAUUAAACAAUAGCUGGUACCCAAAAAUCAAACUAGGACUAAAGAGCAAAAAAAAAAAGUAAUUUUAACGAAAGUUUUGAAGUUCAGUUUCAAGGGCAACAGAAUCACCAGGCCGAGUGCUACUCUGUAUUUUCAGUUUUAAGGGCAGACUUUCUCAUGGCAGCACAAAGCUUUCAUACAUUCACUACAGAUGUUUCUUUUUAAGCAAAUGGUUUUUAAGUUAUAUUCUGCAUUUUUUUUAUGGAAAAAUGAUGGGACUAACAAUAAAAUAUACUGAAAUGUUCAA